CGGAGGAGUUUACAAAUCAUACAUAUCUAUAUUCGGCUUUUUAUUCAAAUCGAAGCGUUGAUGAAAUUGUGAAUAACUGGAAUAAAAAUCCCAAAAUUAAGAAUAAGUUUAGAAACAAAUUCUUUGUGAAUUAAACUACCGUUUGUAGCAUUGGAUGGAAAUGUAGUAAGCCGCACAUUUAAAUACUAACACAAUCUACUAAACAAAUCGACAUAUGCUUAUGAGAGAGUACGUAUUUUGCGACGUCAUUACAACGGACAAUGUCAUCAACAACGUCACUGAUACGUUAUGACGACGAGAUCAAACGUCGACUAGAGAAGCUGUCUCGGACGUACGAUCUAACUACCAUGAAGAUCUUCAUCGCCGUCGAAUGUCUCGGUGAGGAGCUGGUCACAUGCACGUACAGCGCCGCCAAAAAGGGCCGAUGGGAGUCGUUCCUGCAGCGGCAGGAGGCAUGUCGCCUCGACUUGCACAAGCACGAGAAGAAUCGCGUGAAGUACCGGGAGUUCCUGAAGAACGUCUCGCGAGAACACCAGGGUCAGCAGUUCUAUAACGCGAUGCUGAUGCUGAUGAACUCGAAAGGCGCCGAGGACACGUUCAAGCAGCUGACGGCGAAGGUCCAGGAGACCAGCGAGAGCUCCUUCUGCGGGAACCUGUGUCGGCUAUUCGAGAGGAAGAUCGAGUCCUGGUUCGAAACCUUUGAGGCGGUUGCAGUUAAACUGACUGGUCACGUAAAAGUGUCUAACUUCGUGCGUGUCUUGGCCGGUCAGGUGGACGCUAUGUCCUGCAAGGGCGGCUUUACGUACGCAAUAAACAUCAAAGUAACUGGCCUCGACACGCCGCGGCCGCUGGACAUCGCCGAACUCGCCAUGUGUAAAAUACUCAUCAUUCAAAACGGACUCGCCAUGCCGUCCAGCUUGAAGAUGUGCCUUCUGGUGCUUCAUCUAACGGAGGAGCGUCCGAUUCUGCGCCUAUGGGAGUACACUCCCACGGCUGAAAUGGACAACGCUAUCAAGGAGGCCGACAUUGACCGGCUGAUAGACGCCGGAAAGCUGAGUCAGUACCACGAGUUCUGGAAGGACAACAUGCAACAAAUCGGACUCUCUCAGGGCGACCAGGGCUUGUCAUAAUUGGCAAGGUGAACCGCCAUUAACCACGUGUCAAAUAUAGUUAAACUGUUAGACUAUGUUAGCUAUAUUUGCGUCUGUCAGGGCGAUUAUGGCUUGUCAUAAUUGGCAGGGUGAAUAGCCUUGAAAAUGUUGCAUUAACCAAAUGAAUAGUAUACGCAAUCGCUCUGUAAACUGUUAGAAAGUAAUUACAUGUAUUACAUCGGGUACACCGUUACUAACUUGUAAUAAAUUAGCUAUGCUUGCGUCUUUUGGGAUGACCAUGGGUUGUAAUAACGUGCAAGGCAUCAUACUAUUUGUAUAUUUGCAUUAUUAGUGUAUGUAAUAGGAGUCGCCUUGUAGAGCAAUUGUUAUUUAAGAGCUUAAGUGAGGUUAUUUAGGGUAUGUUCUACAGUGAAACGCCCCAAUGCGUCAGGACAUGUGAUAGCUAA